AUGUCUUCUGAAAUCGCGCAAACAGCCAAGGAAAAGCAGCCAUCGAGAAAGCAGUCAACGAGAAAAAAGGCGACGAAAAAUGACUCAACGAAAGCUCGAAACGUUUUGAAUGGAACAAGGAAGAAUGCUCGAAAACCGAAAAAAUGUAUUCUUGAUGAGAAAAUUGCUAUCUCAACUGCUUCAACAUCCGAACCACCACAGACUUCAAAAAAGACCAGAGUUACUCCAAAAUCAAGAAAAGGCGCAGCAGAUAAGAGAGCUGGACGCUCAUCUCGUCCAAGGAAAAGCGCUGCGGAAAAACAGGAAGAAAUUGAUCACAUGAGUUGGAAAGGAUUGCUUCUUCAUGAAAUUAGUGAAAUCCUUCGUCAAAAUGGCCAUUCGGGCAGUUUGGACACAUCACCUCACAUUUUAACUGCUGCCGCAUUUAUGCUGUCUGGUGCUACCUCAAAUUAUACGCCACACUUAUCGGUGAACUAUCAACUUAACGAGGAUGACGAGGAUGAGAUGUUAGAUAAAAUUGAAGUUUAUCUUGAGAAAACUGGAGUUAUCCAAGGAGAGCCAUGCAUCAUUCAAACGCUCACACAAUUGAAGUUCAUGAUUGAAGAUAUUGUACAACGGAAUUCGACGACAUGA